AAUCAAUUCGAAACCUUGCGGCUUGCCUGCAGGUACAGUAUCAUUCUUUUCUUACCGGCGUAUUCACAUGCACACUUUCUUUCCGUCUCGAGACGUGCGAAGAUUGGAACGACCGGUAAACAUUUUCCCCGUCUGAACGACUUUUUUCUUGCUAACGAGUACAGUUGAUGCUAACGAACAGUACAUUGUACACGCGAAUGCCGUUGCUGGCAUAAUUCUGACGUUACGGCUAUGUGAAUUGUUUACAUCGGAUUGUUGUCAUGGUGUGGCGAGCGAUGCAACAGCUGCGGAGGAUGGCGGUUCCUGCGACGUCUGUAAUAUUUCUCCUCACGGCUCUGAGUCUGGGACCAUGCUGCGCUCAGAAAUUCAUUAUUGCCUCCAUGCCCACGGCGGAGGAAGUGGCCAUGCACAAUAUGCACGGGACAUCGAUGGGCACGGAUGCCGGUGAUCCCAAUGAUCCCAUCACGCCCGAUCGGGUGCGCGCGGGCCGCAUACCCACCUGCGACGAUGGAAAGACGAAUUUAACCGUGGAUUGGGAUGGAUCCAAAGACGACUACACCUGUCCCGGACCACAAUGGCCCACGCCGGCCAACACCGCGCUGCAGCUUGGCGCCGGUUAUUAUUAUGACCGCUUGGCUACACACUACACUGGACAUGCUCGCUGGCUGCCGCGCUUCCAUCCGCUGCCGGCUUUUUAUUACGGCUACCCCGACAAUCGCUUAUGGUGUGAAGCGACGUUUCCAAAGCAGGCGAUCCAUUUCUGCAUGAAAGACAAGAUCAAAUACACCCAAAACCCACCUACCAGCGGCGAUCAUCGGCCAUCCUGGGCGGUAUACGGUGAAUACCUGUAUUUACCGGUUCAACGUUGGCUGCAUAACAUGGAACACGGCACCAUCGUUAUGCUGUACCAUCCGUGCGCUGAUCCGGUGCAAGUGGAGAAAUUGCGGUCAAUUGUUACGGGAUGCAUCCGGCGACAUAUCAUUACGCCCUACAAUAAACUCUCCAAAGAAACGCCUUAUGCGCUGCUGGCAUGGGGAUGCAAGUUACUAAUGGGAAGUGUCGACGAACAAGCCGCCAUGCAAUUUAUUCAAACGAGAGCCAAACACGGGGCAGAGGAUCUGUCAAUGGAAGGACAGUUCAUGGAUCAACUGCUGCGAAAAGCCGCCAUCGUCAGCGAUUUUGACGACAGUGUGCUGUGUCCUAAAGCGCCCUUCAGUCUGCCCGGAGUUACCUUGCCACCACGGGAUCAGCAAUUAAAUCCUGUGCGAAGGCUGUUUAUGUGAUUCAGUUUAAGACGGUUAACAUAAAUGUAUAGUUGAUUGUAUUACUCCCUCUCCUUGUAUCUCACAAUGAGUUUUUUAUUAACGGACAAAUUUUUGACGACAAGAAAGAUUUUCUUACA